GAUAAAAGCCGUCUUGAGAAAAAAAAAUCGAAUUCGCAGAAGAGCGUCGACAAGUUGCGCGCUCAUCGGUUCACACAAGGUAGAGAACCGCGUGCCAGAUAGAAGCGCUCCCGGAGGUACGCGGGAACAUAUAUUUUUCGAGAGUGAGAAACGAAUCUGACGACUUUUUUUAAACUGGAAAACAUGGCCGUCACUGUGACUCUAACAUAAAAUCUACGUUGCUCCGAAAGGCAACCGAAAUCAACGUUCAUUCGUAUCGCUAGGAGACUUGAGACUGGUUGGCCGGUUCGCCGUUACGCGGCUAAAAAUCACUGUGCAAAAGUCGGACUAACCUAUAGUAACGCAAAGGACCUUGUGUUGUGUAAAAAACAUUCUACGAUAAAUGUGGUGAUUCCCUUAACGUUACGCUUUUAGGAUUUCGACGUAUUUUGUGGACGAUAGGGAACUUAAUUUUACUAUUAGCGGUAACUUUUGAUUAGUUUUGUGCCUCUUUAUCUGGAACUAUACAAAUUUGUCGGGUUGCCCGCUCUUAAUGAUCAGCUAUUGUCAAUAAAUUGAUUGUUUACAAAUAGGACACUGCUAUUGUCUGAGUUUCGCAUAAUACCGUACUCGUUUUCCGAUUUUAUGUCAUCCUACGCUGAAAAUGGCCUAUGCACCAUUACCGAAACUAAUACCAAUAAGCAGCACUAAGUUAUAUCCAAAGGAAUCGACAAAGACCUCGCUUUCAGAGAUCUUACAAUCAGAUCCAGUAAAACGACUUUUCAAUCAACCAAACAUUGUCAUCGAGACCAUUCCUGUAGGUGCCUCUGCAAGUUCGAGCACAGUAUUAAACAAGAGUAUUUUUGUAAAUAAAAAAAAUGGCACUAGGCAGGAUCUACAUGGAAAGAAUCAGCCAGAAAUAUCUAUACUACCUGUGAGGUAUGUACCAGGAGAGAACAAAGAAGAAGGUACACAUCUUCCAUCUAAGAAGGAUGGAAAGUCAGAAAUUACAUUGCUGCCAAUAAAGCGUGAGAGGAAGAAGUGUGGCCAUUAUGAACCAUGUGAAAAUAUAGUGUGUGAUGUAGCUGUACAACAGUAUAUCGAUCAUAAUGGAGUAUCUCCAAUGCUUGCUGUUAAUAUUGAACCCCAUGAAAUUAAUGCACCAGUAUCCAAACACUGUAAAAACACACGCUGCGAUACCUUGAGCAUUGAUCAUAAUCGUUGUCGAAGAGCACUCAUAAAACUAUAUCGCUGUGAUACGUUGCAGAUAUGCGAUAUUUGUGGUAUUAAAAUAAAGACACGGAAAGCCUUUGUACGUCACAAAAAGUGUAACAGAAAAGAAGAAUAUAGACAUAAUGAGACGGAUGGGGCACAGAUUCUGAAAGAGAGAAUGCGUGAGAGAGAGUUGCAAAUGAUGGAAGCGUCACGUACAAAGAGGAACGAAUACGUAGAUCCGGAUACAGAAUAUAAUCGAGUAAUAGAAGCUCUAAAGAAAAACGAAGAAUUAAUUGUUAUUCCAAAAUCGGUACCACCCCAACCACCAAUCAUCACCAUAACGUCUAUACCAAAUUCACAGGCUAAUCAGCAAUAUUCUAGCGUUAAAGAUGUUUUUGGGAAAUUAUUACCAAGCAUACCAAUUGUAUUUCCUCAUCAGAGUAUAUUGCUUGGCAAAAGAACUAAUACCGAUUCAAAUAAUGGUCCGGCUACUAAGCAAUCGAAACUACAAGAUUUUCUAAAUAAUACUCUAAUAAGCCCACCAACAUCAGGUUCCAUGGCAUCAAAUCAGUUCAUCAAACUGGCUGGUGUAUCUCAAGGCAACAUCGUACAGCCAGUUACAAUAAAUGACUGGUUGGUUUCUCAGGCGCAAAUUGUGGGUUCGUCAACAAUUCAACCUAAACCAUUUUUCACUCCAAUCCGAGUAGUACCGAUAACCAAUUUAAAAUCGCCACCAUCCUUACUCCAUCAGACUCAAGGCAUUCCUAAAUUCUGCAUAAUGGCGGACAACACAUUAAAACCACCUGCAUUAAUAAAGUCACAAAGCGUACAGUCAACUGCAGUGCCAAUAGUACCUGACAUCAGUAUCAAGGUGAAGUCUGAUAAAGAUCAGUCUAGUAAUGCAACAACAACAGCGUCAACAACGACAACAACAACAAUAUCAAAGGCAGUACCUUUAAUUUUUGCCAGUGUUCAUCAGCGAAGAAGAUCCGAUGAUAAAAACGGAAAGUCAUUUGUAUGCACUUUCUGCCCAAAACGCUUUAGUACGGACUGGUAUUUCAAAAUGCAUCUGGCUAAACACAAAGGCGAGACACCUUUCAGUUGCAAAACUUGCAAUCAACAAUUCACAAAUCGAUAUGACAUGAAGAAGCACUUGCUUAACGAUCACAAGACGAAAGAGGGUGAACAAACUUGUGGAAUAUGUGGACACGUGUCCCUUUGCUACUCUGCCCUCGAGGUGCAUAUGAGAAGUCACACUGGUGAAAAACCAUUUAAGUGUGACGACUGUGAAAAUUGCUACAGGGUGAGGGGUGACUUGAAAAUUCAUCAACGAAAAGUACACGGCUUUGCUGAUUGUUCUCACUGCAAUGAACAGUUCAACAAGACAGAAUUGAAGGAGCACUUAAUGACGAUACAUGACGUGACGGAAGAAGAAGCCGAGAAGGAGGUAAACGAUGACGAUUACUUAAACGGUAGGAGUCCUGAGGACAUGGAAAAACAGAGUAAAGAAAAUUCGUCAGAUCCUAUAAAGGUGGAAUCAAGCGAGAAGAAGUCAGAAGAGAGAGUAGAAGAGAAACCUAAGGAGGAGAUUGCACCUGCGAUACAGAAAAGUCCCGUCUCAGUGGCAAAGAAGUGUAAUGGCUUGACAAAGAAGAAAGAAGACGCAAAGCAAAAUGGCAAGGCAAAGAAGUCACCAACGGUAACUGUACCGAGAAGAAGAAGCACACGACGUGGCAACUCUGGAGUACAAUGUAACGUAUGCGAAAAACACUUUGUGAAUGCAAAUUUAUUAAAGGCCCACCUGGCCGACAAACCCAAGAAAGUUACAGAGUGUUUGGAUUGCGGGAAGAAAUUUCAUACACUUGGGGAACGCAACAGGCAUCCUUGUGAGAAGAUCAAGACGACAACGUCGCCAUGCCCUUCGGUCAAGGCAACGGCAGACGUAUAGUAUGAUCUCACAGAGGAAUAGUUCCAAGCGUCCAAUGUUCAAAGCAGACAUCGAGAAAAAGGGAUGUCUUUAACUCUAUUAAAUUAAUAUACCUAAUCUGCAUCCUUUUGGACGUUCUGCACACAAUCCUCGAAUAGAAGAAAAUAUGGAGAAUCUCCAAUUGGCAUCAUAAAAAUUUGUCGCAGUGCAAUGAAGUGACAUCGUAUACGAAAAUGAUGUCGCUUGCAAUACUUUCCGGUCUUAUGGUGCUUGAUACGUCACAACGAAAGUAGGACAGAAGGUGACAUAGAAUACGUCCAAAGAGAAACAUCGUUUCGAUUGACAAUCUGCGAUGGCGUCUUGUCAAACGAAAAAAUGUUACGCGUACAACCGUGAACUUAUGCAUAUACGAUGACCGUAUAUUGUGUAAAAAAAGUGUCCUCAGUUCAAACAUAACAGCAUUAUUAUGAAUAUCUUACGGCGUUUGUAUGUAUAUGUCCAAAUUGCGGUUGUGUAUUGAAGGUGAGACAAAGUUUUCAGGCGCAUAAAAAUAUGAACAAGUGCACGAAAUAUGAAACACGAUUCACUAAUAGUUUUGACUUGCGAUACCAUGCUAGAAGCGCCCACGAUAUCAUAAUUGACCAAUUGCGCAAGCGGUUUGUGUGGAAUUAUAUUUUGUAUAGAAGAAUUACGCAAUGAUAGAUUUUUAUAGAUGUUUCAGCUGGAAAUAUCUUUUACGUACUAUCCAGUUUUUAAGUUUUUUUGCUUAUUAUUAUCACUAUACGCAAUUUCUUUUUUUUUUUUACUAAGAUCUGCCACGUCACGUAUCAUUUUUCUUUAUUUUUCUUUUCUUUUAGGAAUUAAAGAAUUAUAAUGUACAUAUAUUUUCAAUGGUAAACACAAACGCUUUACAAUGAUGUACACUGUAUUCCGUUUCUAAACUAUUUUAUAUGGUCCAUUUUUCGUUAAAAACGAACGUUCAAUGUAGAUAUAUAUUUACCUAUCGACAGUCGCUUAUCGUUUGUCGAAGGCUGAUUGUCAGAGGACUAUAGUAAAUAUAAAUUUGAGUAUGAUACCAAAUUUUAAUGUUGAAGUUUUUAGUUUUAAAAACGUUAAACCGAGCUAAUUGAGAUUGAAUUGUUGCGAGGCGCAAAACAGCGACUCCACAAUAUGAACGUUUUUAUUGACAAUUAUGUGAAACACAUUGUGCCGGAUGUAUGAUUUAAAAAAAAGAAAAAAAUGGUAUUCUCUAUUUUUUAAACAGCAGAAUAUUACGGAGUCAUGCGUGAAUUCAAGUGCAUCUUACAGUAUACGGUGGCAUCAAGGCAAUGUACAGCGAUGCGAUCCUUAUUGCCCAAAGAGACUGUUCUUGGAUUUUAAAUUAAAAACUAUUCGUACAUACCUCUGGUGCUAGUCAAUAACAUCAUUUUCGAAUAUAUGAUCAGCUACAAAGUAUAGUUUGAAAAUUUAUCAGUGGGCAGUGCCACCAAAAAAAAAUGUAACGUGUAGAUACAGGUGUUUAUACAUUAUAAUGCUAUUCAAACUAUAUAUAUAUAUAUGCGAUUAAAUAGUCACUGUAUCUUGCCCUGUUGUCAUAUAGUACGUAAAAUACAUAGUAAAACAUGAUAACGCGCUUUCUCGAAUAUUGGAAUGACGAGGCUUAAUUUUGUAUUGCAAAGAUAACAAUUAUAUUUCUUCUUUGUAGGAACUAUAUAUAUAUAGUACAUAUACACAAAUAUAUGUAUGUAUGUAUACAAUUCAAAAUUAGGGGACGUUCCUUAUUAAUAAGGAAUACUGAUAAACGUGGUGUGCCUUCUGAAUUUCUGAUGUUCCUCACGAUUCAGCAUACUUUAUUUUUUGUCUUCUUUCACGUUAAGUUUCAUACGAUAGUGAAGAUCACCAGCGUCAUAGGUAAAGGUAGACUAUAUUUAUCGUUAUUGACAAAAGUGAUACCGAAUGAUACUAGAAUAUAUUUUUGUGACAAGUAAGUCACUGCCGCAUAUCGCGUUAUUAUUUCGCUGUACAGUGUCGCAAUUGUUUCUUAUAAAUAAAAGUAUGUAAUACAGACAAUGUCCUUUUAAGUCUUAACUUAAGAUAAUAUUAGCGUAAUCCUCUGACGCUCGUGUUUUUCGACAACGAAACCAAAAACGCUUGAAUCUCAACGGUCUCGUUUAAGAUUCUGUAUAUUUUGUUUCUUUGAUAAGCCAGUUUCAAGUGCGAUUUUGUUAAGAGAGGCUCUCUAUCUCUACGUAAGUUAGCAGGAUAACAUUGGAAUCCGGUUAUUGUUUCAUUAUUGUUAUACAAGAUACAAGUGCUUUUAUUGUAUCAAUGCGUAUUCAUGUGCUCACUUGCACUUUAAGACAAUUAUUUCUUUCAUUCACUUCAUGAAAUCCAUUGUGAUGUAUGGGUUAAUGAAAAUGAUAAAUUCUGGGCAUUGUUUUAUUUUAGCAUUGGCAAUUAUGAAAACAAUCAUUUAUGUGCAGACCGAGUUUCUGUAUCUUUUGUUUUGAUACUGUUCAGCAACAAUUAAGGCACAGAUAGAAAAAUAAAGCAAACGCAGAUACAUUAAUUGUUACAUAGGCACAAGUAUUUUAUGUGAUAUAACAAUCAGCUUGAAGAUUAUUUUUGUCACUGCAUGAGAAAUUACUGCGGUUUCAUGUAUUAAAGCAAGGUGUUAUAUGAAGUGUCGGAAUAAUUUUAGCAUAUUGAUUAUUGAAUUACAAUAUUGGAUAGUAGAAAAUACAAGGAUGUUGACAAAAUCAUAUCAAAAAGUUUAAUAAAUAUUUUCUCUAUGAUUCCUAGAAA